AUGGCAGGCCUAUCCACAGAUGGGACAGGGGGGGGGGUAGUUGCCGUGGUGAGGGAGCACAAGCGGAGAUUAUUAGGCGUGCGGGUCCUGUUCUCUCCAAAGCAAGAGGACACUAGGGGGGACGUGGGGAAAGAGGGGGGGGGGGUCGGAGACGGCAGAAGUCUCCAGAAUGUGCACAAAGACGCCUCCACGCACCAGAGGAGCCAACUGUUUAAAAGUGUGACCGGCACAAUGAGCUGA